AUGGUGCAAUGGAAAGGGGUAUACUACAUCUGUUUCGUUGAUGGGACCGGUCACGGAACCGAAGACUCCCAAAUCAGGGUAUGUGCCUCCACCGACUUGGUGAAUUGGACCUCCCAGAUUGCCAUCGGAAGAAAGACAAUAGACCCAAAUCUGCUGCUUGUUGGUGACAAACUACUGUUGUAUGGGGUGAAGGAAAGCACAGGGGAUUCUGACUUCGGUUUCCCAUCUCAGCAGGUGGUGACGUGGACGAUGGACGGAACGACUUGGGCACCACCGAAAAGAUGCUUUCUGAGAGAUCACGACUUUUGGCAUCCCAUCGAAUUUGAUGGUCGCUAUUACGUAGCAUGUGAUACGGUCGGACAUGCGCCGCUCGGUAUCCACAAUUCGGUCGAUCUGCUCACUUCGGCUGACGGCGAACGAUGGGAGUGGGUCACGGAGAUCGUCCAUGGGUCCAACGAACCGAUGUAUUACGAUACAACUGGUAUCCACUUUGGUACACCUACGCCCAGUGAAACAUCCCUCUGUUUCUUUGACGAUGGCCGCCUGUUAGCGGUCACACGAGCACGGGGACACUGUGCAUUGCUCUCCACCUCGGAACCACCUUAUGAUCAGUGGGAACGCUACCUUUCCCGCGAAUCCCGAUGUUACGGUUCAGCCAUCGCCAGAGUCGGUGAGGGUGUUAUCGUCACAGGUAGAAGCUUCGCCAAUGAAGGUGUCCGCUCCACAGAGAAUCGGUUCAACGAUAAGUUCAGCGACCACGAUCAGACCCAACUCAGAACCGGGGUCUUCCUAUACGAAGAUGGCGAUAUCCGUCUGCACACGGUCCUCCCCAGCGGGGGAGACACCGGCUACGGCGGUAUUCUCCCCAUCAGCGACAACCAAGUGCUUAUCGCGUACUAUUCGUCCCACGAAUACGCACCGGGCGAUAAGCACGGUUCCAAUGUUUACCUAGCCUCAGUAUCACUGACGUGA